GUGAGUGUUUUAGACACCUAAUGGCCAAUUUUCGGAAGAAGUUCAAGGGUGAGGUGCUGAAGUAUAUGUGGCCUUGUGCAUGGGAAUGUACAUCCCGCAGGCAUGAUGCAUUGAUGGAGAAAAUUGCAAGUGAUUGUCCUAAAGCAAUUCCCUUUUUAGAUAAGCAUCACAAUCUGAUAUGGAGUAGAUCCCAAUUCUCCAAAGUCCGCAAAGUUGAUUAUGUGAACAACAACAUAUUAGAAUGCUUCAACAAUUGGAUUAAGGAUUACAAGGACCUUCCCGUUGAUUAUUUGAUGGACAAGAUUAGGAUCAUGAUCUUGGAGAAUAUGUACACAAGGGGAGAGAUAGCCAAUAGACUUGAAGGCCUCAUUCUCCCAAGUGUGUUGCACGAGUUGAACAUGAAGAGCCGAGGGCUGCACUAUGAUAUCCAGAAAAGUGGUCCCAUGGCAGCCGAAAUAUCAGGAACAACAAAAGAAGGGAAGACUUGGCGAUAUGCAGUUGACCUUGAGAAAAGAGAAUGUGGUUGUGGACAAUGGGAGGUUUCCGGAAAACCAUGCCCUCAUGCUAUAUACCUAAUUGGCAAAGUUAGACAACUAAAGACCGAGGACUUUGUGCAUGACUACUAUUCGGUUGAGAGGUUCAAGAUGGCUUAUCAAAUUCAGAUCAAUCCAAUGAAUGAUAGGUCUGAAUGGCCAAAGGUUGAUGUUGGUAGGCCAAGGAAACAAAGAAUUAAGGCUAGUGGAGAGCUUGGAAAAAGAGGACCAAAUCAAUGCAAAAGGUGCUAUCAGUUUGUACAUAUAGAGAAGGGGUGCAAUGCUACUCAACCUGAAUUAGAACAAGAGCUUCCACCUCCUCGUCCAAAGAAAGCGAAAAAGUCAAGGAAAACUAAAUCGGAAGAUGUUGAAGCCUCCACAACAGUUGUUGAACCCUCUCCAAUGCCUCAUUCAAGCCCAGCUGUAACAACUAGAAGGAUGGCUUCUCUUUCUCCAACUAGCCCAGGUGUAACUACUAGAAGGAUGGUUGCAAUCUCACCAGGAGGAAUCAGUCGUAGGAUCAUCAUUGAGUAGAUAAAUUAGGUGCCUUAGUCUCUUAUUAGUAUGAACAAGGUGUAGUACAAAAGAUGGAUU